AUGGUAGGAUCCGGUUGCAACCACUAUGGUUGCCCCUGUCGCUCAUCAGAUACUCAAGCACAAGCUGGUCCAUCACGGCAUCGCUCCUCCUCACCUUCUCCCGCUCCAAGGCAUACCCGUUCAUACCCAAUCCACUCACCUACCGAACCCGCCUCCUCCACCUCUAUUUACAAAUCCGCCACAGACUAUGCCCGCUCCCUCCAAUGGACGAAACAAGAAACCGACGACUUCCUUCUUCGCAAUCGCACUCUCGUCACCGCCGGAACAGCCUCACUCGUUUCCACCGCUGCCUCGUUCCCCUUUGACUCUGUCAAAUCUCGCCUGCAGGUCCGCGACUAUCCAUCCAUCUGGGCGUGUGCCAAAUCAGUCGUACGCGAAGAAGGCGUUCGAGGAUUCUUCCGUGGCGUAACGAUCCCUCUCAUCACCAUCUCUUUCGUUCGCACCUCUUCCUUUUCCAUCUAUUACAACACCAAAGCGCAUCUUCAUCGUCAAAACAUCUUUUCCGACUCUUCCCGACUUGUUCACACAGCGCUAUCCGGUACUGCAGGCGGAGCAACAAGUGGAAUCAUCAUCUCCUGCGGUUCUGCACCUUUCGAGUUAGUUAAAGUGCAAAGGCAACUCGAAUAUCUCAUUGCUGUACAGAAAGGUUUGAUUAAGAAACAACCCACUACUGAAGGGGCAGCACAAGGUCGAGCGAGAGGCGCAGUGUUUGUUCCGCAAUCUGGCUUUCAAGCAGCAGCCAACAUCUACCGCAACUUUGGCGGAUUGAAAGGUUUCUAUAUGGGUUUCCCUCUUCAUAUCGCUCGAGAUACUUUCGGUACAGCUCUCUACUUUGGAUUUUACGAUAGCAUUCGAGCACUCGUAACACGUCACUCAAAGAAUGAUUCCAGUAGCCGUGCACCUUGCUUGUACGGCAUUCCAGGACCCGUGGUUUCGUUUUUAUCCGGUUCAUCAGCAGGAAUUUUAUCUUGGUUCAUAGUCUAUCCCGUAGAUUUAAUCAAGACCAAGGUGCAGAGGGAUGCGCUGGCAGGGAAUCCAAAGCUGUUUUCAGGUUGGCAGGUGUUUCUGCAUAUGAUCAAGGAACGCCCGCCAAUACAGGCAGAUGUCAACACCAAGGAGGGGGUAGGGGGGAACAAGAGGAUGCUCAAGACAGAUACGUUUUUAGCGAGGUUCUUGAGGUUAUAUCGUGGCUUGGGGGUUAGCGCUUUGAGGAGUUUCAUUUCACACGGUUUGACAUGGACUCUUAUCGAAUCGAUUUCGGGCAAGAUCACCCAACGUACGGGUCAAGCGGUCUCCUAUGCUCCAGACAGUCGGAAAGAGAACUGA